AUGAGUGACGAACAUGUUUUUCCCAGCGAUGGCAAUCAUUAUAUUGCCAAUGAGACCGUUCGAGGCUCGCCAGCUGAAAGAAAACCACCCGACUAUGAACAUGACGUCGAAUACGUCGAUUACUCGCUCGAGUGGCCAGUCAAGCCGCGCAUCGACCCAGUUGUGGAAGAAGUUCGAAAGAAAGUCAAGAAGUUCCACGACGAUUUGAAGGAAAUGCGUAUUCGUCGUGAUGAGCUCCUCCGGAAGGCGGCUUCCACGCGGAUCCCUUCGCCGCUGCCCGACCUUCUCGACCGACUGAAGGCGAAUGAGAUCUCCACAAUACUCUCAACCGUCCUCAGCUGUCUCGCCACAUCAAACUUCUACCUUGGUAUAAGAGAAGCAAGGAAGGCUUUGGAGUUUGCCCAAAAGCUGGACCACAAAAAGCUUAUCGCGCGAUGCUACUACUGGAUGGGUAGAAUCGAGUUCCAGCGAGGUAAUAUUUCUGUAGCUCAUGAGUUUUUCAAAGAUGCAAUGCCUUGUAUUGAGGAUGAUGAGUGCGCAGAAGGCGACUUUGUGGAAUUCUGGUUCAAAUGCACCAGGCCCGGAAUCAGUGAGGAAUAUCGAAAACGCGCUGUGGAUAAUCAUGGCCGCCGGGUGAUUAACAAACACGGCGCGACGAAGCUUUCAACGGCAUCUCGUUCAAGCUUACGGGUGAAGCGGAAGUAUCAAGAGCCGCACGAGUUUGUCCUUAGGCCAAGGCCUGUUCAAACCUCUCGCGACCAGCAAGCGCCGACAACAGAGAGCAGUAAACAAAAAAGUCGACCGGUACCAUGGUUAAUUCCUGACGUUCACAAUGAGCCCUACGAAAUGCCAUUCUACCUACGACGAAGAUUUCCUGGCCUACCCGAGAUAGGAUGGCAUCCAGAUCAAUCCCACGCCCCUCUUCCGCGAAACCACAAAUUCACCUUCCGAUGCUAUCCUAAGGGAUUGUCACCCCGCUACCGACCGACGAAGAUAUUUCGCCCGCAUCCUUUGGAAAUAAUUUAUACUGAGGAAACUUGGAGGAAGCUUCGUCAGCGUUUCAAGGGCAAAAUAAUCACCAUGACCUGGCUGGCCAAUGAGAUGGAUUUGUACGACAAGAUCGUGCACAAGAGACUGAAUGAGAUGCGGAGGAAACACCUGGAAUUGAGGUUUCAUCAGCAAAAGCAAAAGUAG